GCGGCGGCCGGGUAAAUUCCAGCCAUUCCGCCGCCUGUUUGGGAGGAAGAGGAGGAGGGAGACAGAGCGAGGGUUUGAGGAAACCGAACUUAAACCCAGCCACUCCACCGAUGAAGUGUGCAAUGGAGUGGUCUCAGGCCCAGAGGAGUCCAAUCAGCAUCUAAGAGAGCUAAAUCCCCUGGGGUCUCGAGCUUUUUCACACGAGAGCAUCUUCAUCCCUGAGGAUUCUGUAGAGAAACCGUGCUCAGAACUGACCAUGUCUCAAGAGAACGUCUCAGACAAAGUCAGGAACCUACAAAGGCAGAUAGGUCAUAAUAUAAAGUUUGGUCAGAAACAUCCCUCAGUUAGAAAAAGUGAAGGAGAUGAAGGUAGCUCAGACGAGGAAGAAGUACCAAGAAGUCCAUUGCGAGUCCUGGCACAGGUGGAGCCAGAGCCACAGGAGACCGAAGCCAGGGAGAACGUUUCAUCUGCUACCUGUGAUGUGGUUCACUAUAGGACUCCUGUGAAGUCCCCUCGCACAAAGCGGCCUCCUCCUCCUGGUACGAUCGAAUCAAUUAACCUAGAUGCUGUUCCCCAGUCCGCUCCACGCUUGGACAACACUGCUGCCAAACAUAAACUGUCUGUCAAACCCAAAAACCAGCGAGUGUCCCGUAAGCACCGCAGAUUCACACAGGAGUUUCUGGAAGUGGAUAUUUCAGCACUUCUGCAAGAAGAGACAGAUGUGCAGAAACCUGCAGAAGAAACAGGGGUUUGGAGAGAAGGACAUGUAAGAAGUCACUGGACCAGAGAUGAGCAAGAGCUUCCUGAAAAAUCUAAGAAGCAGAGACUUCAUGAAGAGGAGCAGGAACGUCUGGAGCUUCAGAGAAUCCAGGAGCAAGUGAAACAGAGAAGGAGAGAAGAAGAAAGAAGAGCUGAGGAACUGAGACUGGAACAGGAGACAAUGUGCAGAAAACAGGAAGAAUAUCAGCGAAAGGAGGAAGAGGAGCAAAGGCAACGGGAAGAAGACAGAAAGAAGGAAGAAGAAGAAAUGAGAAAGAGGGAGCAGGAGCAACGCUUGAAGGAGGUCGAAGAGAGAAAGAGACGUGAGGAAGAAGAACGAAAAAAGAGAGAAAAAGAGAGAAGGAGAGCAGAGGAAGAAAGAAGAGAGCAAGAACUCAUAGUAGAGCGCCUUCGCCUGGAGGAGGAGAGGAAAAAGAAAGAAUUGGAGGAGCAGAAACGAAAAGCGGAGGAGGAGGCAGAAAAACGAAGGCUUUGGGAGUUAGAGGAAAAACAGCACAGAGAAGAAGAAGCACGCCUUUAUGAGGAACAAAGAAGGCGACAAGAAGAAGAGGAGGCUGAGAUGAAAAGAUUGGCUGAUGAAAAGAAAAGGAAGGAAGAGGAUAAAAGAAAGAGGCAGCAAGAGGAGAUGAGAGCUGCUGAGGAGCACUCCACAUCCUCUGAUCCAGAGUGGAAGAGGAAAGCAGAGGAGCUGCGAUGGAGGGAGAUGGAAGAGAGGCAAAGACCUUUCACUUUCAAAGUGUCCUCGGGUGAAAAGCAAAUCCUAUUUCAGAAGGUCAAUCUAACACCAGUUACCCCAGUACCUGCUCAGCAGGGUGAAACAGCUGCUGAAAUCAGGGAAGGCACUGCAGGAGUUCCUGACUCACCAACUUUAUCUUCAUCCCUGUAUGUUCCUCACACUGCUAUAUUAGUGACUGGAGCUCAGUUGUGUGGUACAGCAGUAAAUCUGGAUCAGAUAAAAGACACAGCCUGUAAGUCUCUGCUUGGUCUCUCUGAGGACAAAAAAGCCUUUGGGACACCAGCAGGGAAGAGCAAGGUAUCACCAGAUCGCAAAUCUGGAAAAACCAAAUCUUUAAACGAAUCCUCUUUAUCGCCAGACCAGUCUAGUGCUGCUGUCCUGGCAGAGUGGGCCAGUAUACGAUCCAAGAUUUUUAAAGGUGGCCUAGAUGGAAAAUACCAAGAGCACCCAGACAAACAGGUGCAGAGCCGAACAACAAGUGAGGACAUUGAUGAGCCACCAUUCUCUCACACCAAUCUCAGGAAGACCAUGUCAGCAAGCGCUAAGUUUUCCAUCACUCCAGCCAGAAAAAAGUUUGCAGACUCUAACAGAAAUUCUGAGGUCCUUAGUCAACAAGAGACAGAAGGAGGUAGGGGGGAAUUACCAUCCACAGAUUCUGCUCCUAGCCAGCAUCUCCAUUCACCUUCCUCUGCCAGCAAAGGUCAAAAUAAGGGAGGAAAGGUGUUCCGUACCUCAGACAGUACAGAAGAAUGCAAGUUUGCCAAAGACCUUCCUUCUUUCCUCGUUCCAAGUCUGCCACAUGGAUCCCCGAAAGCUCCAACAUCUGAAACAGGACCCCUGAGCCAGGUGGAAUCAGAAGACUCAAAGUAUUAUGGGGAACAGAGAGACCAGAGUGGUGAUGAGAGGCCCUCACCAUUUGGUAUCAAACUGAGGAGGACCAACUACUCCCUUCGUUUUCAUAGUGAGCAAUCCACAGAGAAGAGGAAGAAAAGGUAUAGUGCAGGUGACAAUUUUGAAGGCGUACCAGUGCCCCUCACCUCUACUGACCAAUACUCUGACACUUCUGCAUUCUCAGAGAAGACCAGUAUCACGACUCCACUUGGAGAGAGUGGAAUCAAAUUCCAAGGAAUCUCCAGUGUAGAGUCCCGCUCCAGGCCUGGUAGAAUUGCUUCCUCUUCACCAUGCAGUGAAUGUGACAAACUCAUCUCUAAGCCCCCAAUUUAUCAGAAACCAGUCACAUUUCCCAAACCAUAUGAUGGUGCCACACCUCCACCUUCUCCCCUACCUAAACCUGGUGGAAGGACUUCUGGGGACAUGCUGUCCCAGCGAUCAGGUGGACCAGAAUUGGUAGCUUCUGAAGAGCGCAUUGAUCAAAAGUUAGAGCCCUCAGAAUCCAUGCAGUGUCAGAGGAAUGGUCAGGGGGAUGAUGAGCCAAAAGAAAAGAAGUCCUUCUUUCCAUCCAUCAGCAUUCCAUGGAGAGAGAAAACAGACCGUAAGACUGAACUCAUAAGAAGAGAAAAGCCCUCUCUACAGAGCAGGCAUUCCUUAGACAGCUCACGGGCACAGGAGAAGGAGACAGGACCAUUAUGGAUCACUCUGGCUUUGCAGAAACAGAAGGGUUUUAGAGAACAGCAGCAAAGCAGAGAGGAAAGGAAGAACCAGAGAGAAGCAAAGCUGGCUGAGAAACAAGCCAAGGACCGAGAAAGUGGUGGUAUAGUGAGCCCUACAGAGGGUAAGGGGAAUGUACACUCCAGUACUCCUAAGGCACAAACCCCAGAGGAGAACAAGAGACCAGACACAUUACUGACUCGCUUUGAACGUCGUGACAAUUUAAAGAAGGCCAAUACCCUACCCACUUCUGUCACAGUCGAGAUAGCAGACUCUACCCCAUCACCCCCAGCAGCAAAGGACAUAACAAAGCGCUUCCCACCUAGUGACACUCCGCAGGUUUCCACUGAACCAGCUUGGCUUGCUCUUGCCAAGCGUAAGGCCAAAGCAUGGAGUGACUGCCCACAGAUCAUCAAGUGAUAUGUUAACUUUGACUUCUUCUUCUU